AUGAGCCCAUUAACAACAACAAGCUCUAAUGAGCGUUCUUCUGAGUUUCAGCUAGCUGACGACCCAACCAAGCCUUUCGUAGUCACAAGCAAAGUAUACGUGGGUUUCUUUCUUGUUUAUUGAGAAGUUAUAAAUUUUUAGGAAUCUCAUUCAAAGCCAAUUUACGCGGUGGCUUUCAAUAACUACCUACCAGAAGAUGCCCCACCUAUCUUUGCGACCGCUACUGAACGUUAUGUACGUCUAGUUUACUCGUGGUGAUUGAAGUAUCAAAGUUUAAGGUGAAUGUCUACGAAUGCCCGCUAGACUCUAAAGAUAUUAAUUUAUUGUUGAGUAUGAAAGAUGCUACGGUAUGUAUAAGUAUUUUUAGACAAUUAAUCAUUUGAUUCAGGAAAAAGAAGAUUUUUUCGCACUGUCAUGGUGUUAUGAUACUUACGAAGAAAUUAAUCCAGAAAGCUCGCCGUACAUGUUAGCUGUUGGCGGUCUUAGUGGCGUUGUGAGGAUACUGCGAUCAAAUGAUGCGAAACUUGUUAACGUUGGUUUGCGAAGAAAUAAAAAAAACUAUAGUUUUUUCUUUAGCAUUUACGAGGUCAUGGGGAGUCAAUAAAUGAGAUCCGCGUUCAUCCAUCAAAUUCAAUGCUCAUUGCGACGGCUUCCAAAGACUACUCUGUAUGAGCUUUUCAUGUAGUUUCUGAACUCAAAUUCUCAGCAGUUUCAUAUAUUUAUGAGCUCCUUCAAUCUUAUAGAUACGGGUUUGGCACAUCCGUAACGACUCGUGUUUGAUGGUCUUAGGAGGUUUCUCAGCUCAUAAAGAUCAAGUUCUAUCAGUAGUAAGUUUUUUCUCUUUUUUUAAAAUUUUUUUUGCUUUCGGUUUAGGACUGGUCCCGUUGCGGUGAUUUUUUGGCAUCAUGCAGUAUGGACCACACAAUUCGAUUAUGGAAAGUAAAUACAGGAAACUUCGAGAAUAAAAUGAACAAGGUUCGUUUUUUCUAGAUAUACUAAAUCAUUAUACUAUUCAGUUAAUCAGCGGUUUGAGUGAAGGCAAGAAAAAUUUCAUGCACAACCAAAAUGCUAUUGAAUGUGUCAAAAAUCUAACGUCAAGCGCUAACGAGAAUCAGAAUUCGUUUGUACCUGAUCAGUCUCAAGAGCGCUCUAUUGUCAGUUUGUACAGUAGGAUAACACAGUGGGUUCCCGAUUCUGAUGCCAGGUAUCUAACUUUCGGUUUUCAGAACUCAUUUCGAUGAACCGAUAAUAUCUCAUUUCCCCAUUUCAAUGAUAGAUGAUUUACACACAGACUAUGUUGACUGUAUCCGGUUUAUUGGAGAUUUCUGCCUUUCGAAGGUAUAUAUAUAUAUAUUUUUUUUUUUAAACAGUUGGUUUUAAGGGUUCUGGCGCGGAAAGAGUUAUUCAAUUAUUCCGUUUUUGGUUCUUUUGAAGACCCUUAUUUAGAUUUGCAAAAAUCAGGAUACAGUCAAGGUAAAAAAAUCUUCUUUUUUUUAAUGAGAAAUUUUUUUAUUAGUGGGACACCUGUGCACUCAAGCUUUCCGAAAAGAAUUUACCUCAUGGAGAUGUCUGGUUUGUGAAAAUGGAGAUCGACCCCCAGAAUAAGGUUUGAUCAAAUAUUCAGAAUUAUUUUAUUCUCAUAAUUAAGUGGUUGGCUUGUGGAGACAAAAUCGGUGUUUUGAAUUUUUUUAUGAUCUCCGCCGAAGUGAGCAGAAGUGUGACCCGUAUGUUUCAUGAAUUAGAUUUUUUGGUUUAAAAUAGUUCUUUUUCAGAGACUUUGUUCUGCGGGUUUGUUCUGAGAAGUUUGUGGGACCUGAUGGGAGAAAUUCUGCGAAUUUGGUUAGAAAUGUUUCGUUUGGCGCAUCGGGUAGAAUUCUUGUCGCGGUAGCCGAGGAUGGUUCGAUAACUAGAGUCGAUCGAGUAUUUCAAGGAUCUUCAAGGUUUGUUACUCAAUACUUUCUCGGUUCAUUACACUAUAGUUUUUUUUUCUAUCUUCGAACGGCCUACAAUAAAACCAAAAAUAAUUUUUUACCGUUUUUUUUUGAGUACGGGGCAAAUCGAAAGUGCGGGAUCUUCAAAAGCUGCUGAGAAACUUUCGAGUGGAAGCGGAUACACUACCGAUGAUUGGGAUAAAACUGAUGCUGAUUGCGGAGUUAAUGAGAGCUUCUUUAGUGAUAGCGACGAAGCGUAACGGUUCUUAAUGUUGUGACUACUCUGCGUAUUCUUUUCGAUCUUUCCUCUCAUAACCCACUGUUAUCUAGAGGAAAGUUUUCCCUGAAGUUUAUUUUCUUCAUGUCGAUAAUUUGUUCAUUUACCUUGAUAUACAUAAGCUUUUUCGUCCUUUGAUACACUUAUUUUUUCGUUUUCACAAGUGAUGAUCAUCAAUGUACUAAUGACGAUUCGGGUUAGCGACUACUAGCUCUUUUUGGCGGAGUUGGUGUUUUUUUCUUACGAGAAUCUUCUUUUUUUACGGUUAAAUUAUGAGAAAAGAAAAGCGGGCUACUGAUAAUCUCUUUUCUCUGAUAAUUUGCUCCAAAACUUUCGCAAUCUGCUAAUCACUGUUUAUUUUUCUAUAGAAUCGUUUUUUUUUCCUAAAUUUUGAAUUUUUUUCUCAUAUCAUGUUUUAUAAAUUUUUUUUCUAUCAUUCUUUUUUUAAAAUUAAUGUUUAGUGUAUGGUUUUGUUCCGUAUCACAUAUUUGGAAAUGAAAAUAUAGACAAUUCAGCAAGUUUUCAGCUUAUUUUUUCUAUAAUGACGACCGGAUCGAACGAUUUUUUUACUAUUCUAACCGUUAUCAAGACGAUGAAUUCGAGUACCGUCAUGUACACGUUACAAAGGUGAAAAAUUUAAAUUUCAAAAAUAAUGGUAGUAAUUCAGGAAGUUGCGAAACUCAUCCCCAAAAAAACCGAUUGAUGUCUGAAAGCGAAUGGCGGAGUCUUGGAAUUCAACAAGUGACUUUUUUUUUUUAGAGUUUUCAAUGAUACAUUCUCCAGAUAGUUGUUCAAUCAUGUGGUUUCAUACCUGUAACAAGACACGACUUUCAGUCAGCCGGGUGGAUUCACUACAUGAUCCAUAGCCCCGAACGUCACGUUUUAUUAUUCCGUCGACCUAUCACCACUACUAACACAAAUGCAAUGAGCAACGCCAACAGCAACGCGGUUAGUUUUUGGGAAGAUGUUUGUUUUAUCAAGAAGCUUUUUUUUCUUAUUUCAUAAGCUAGAAAUUUCCAUUUUUGUCUUCUUUUAUUUUCAUUUCUGAUAAUAAUUUUCAGGUCGGUGUUCGUUAA